AUGUCGCUCAGCAAUCACGAAUCAUCAGUCAGGAUCCCCUGCCUUGCGGAAGAUGGAUCGAACUGGGUGCUCUAUAAGGAGCAACUCAGGUCCGCCGUGAUGACGAAGAAGCUGGCACGAUAUCUCGAUGGCUGCAACAAGGAGCCUACUGCACCCACAGCUCCAGGGGUGGAUUCCGAUGCAGACAAGUCAUAUGCAGAUGCGUACAACACUUGGGCUGCCGGACAUGAGGCGAUCAAAACACUUCUGUACCAGACGCUACUGGAAACGCUGAAACUCCGGAUUAUCCUCGAGAAGAAGGCGUCCGGAGCAUGGAAAAUAGUCAUCGCUGAGUAUGACAAUCACGGUGACUUCGUUCAGGCAGAACUACUCCGACGGAUGCACACUCUUUGCUGCACCGAGGAGAAGGACCCUCGACUGAUCUUAGACAGGCUCCAGAAGCUCAAGACCGAGUUCAUGACAGCUGGCAGUGUGUUCACAUUCGCCAUUGCGACCGAUUUCUCGAAGGUCGAGCGAGCGAAGCUUCCGAAGCUCACCCAAAUCCUCAAUUCAGGUGCAAGCCGACACUUUGAUCUGGUGUGCUCGAAUUUCGUCACCUUCCGGGACACCGAGCACAAGCCGAUCACUUCAGCCAAUGGACGCAUCUUCUAUGCCACAGGUGAAGGUGAUGUU